AUGCCACGGAUCCCUUACUCGCUUCUCCUGCGCGCGCGCCGCAUCGAUCCUCUACUGCCUCCGCUGCUCCAGGAGUGUCGAGAUCUCUGCUCGGCAAAGAACGAGCUGCGUUGGCUCACUGAAUAUGCACGGAGUCAUGGUACAAGCCGUGAAGCCUGGAGCUGGAGGCAGAGGCUGCAAUCGCUGGUCUGUCAGAGAGCAGCAGGGAAGCCUCUGCAGUAUAUACUAGGGGACCAGCCAUUCGGGGAAUUAACAAUUCUCUGCAGAGAGGGAGUGCUGAUUCCACGGCUAGAUACGGAGUCGUACACCACACGCAUAGCACAACGAUUGCUGGCUGAGAACCGCCAUAAUCCUACGAGAAGUCUUCGAAUUAUCGACAUAUGCACUGGCACAGGCUGCAUACCGCUGCUGCUUCAUUCUCUGCUUGCGCCCUCAAUCCCCACCCUUUCGAUCAUUGGGGUUGAUAUCAGCUCAACAGCCCUCUCCCUUGCGAAGAAGAACCUCGAGUAUAAUAUUGGGAAUGGCAGUCUGCUAUCUCGUGCGCGAGACGAAGUCCGUUUCGUGCAUGCUGAUAUCCUAGACCCUUGUUCUCUGAAGCCAGAUGGCUCGGAGCUAGGGACGUUACUCUCUCGAUCAGGACAAGACCACAGCGAUAGAUUGGACCUGCUGAUAUCCAACCCACCAUAUAUAUCGCCCAGGGAAUUCGCAAACGGAACAACAAGACGUAGUGUGCGUCUGUAUGAGCCUGCAUUGGCAUUAGUGCCUCCGCCAAUUCGCCAUGUUGACAUAUCGUCAGAAUCGGCCAGGGCAGAUUCAUUCUACCCUCGUCUACUAGACAUCUCUGCACAGCUCGAUGCUCGUUUCACUGUUUUAGAGUGCGGUGAUCCAGCUCAGGCACGAAGGGUUGCUACCAUGGUUGAUGAUAAGGGCCAAAAUCCGCCUUUACAAUUCCAGGGGGAUGUGAAGACGGAAGUCUGGCGUUGCGACUGGGACGCUUAUUCUCAUAAUACAUCUGGGAAUAUUGCUUCCGACGAUCAGGGAGAGUCAGCAACUGUGGAUGUCACAGCCAAGCCUGAUCAAGGGGCUCGAGCGGUUGUGCUUUCGAAAUGCUGA